GGCAGAGGGUGCUCUGCUUUCAUGAGUCUCUUCUUCAUCCCUUUCUUCUUCUGUACUUCUGCAAUCCAAAAGGGUCUCGCCAACACGAAUCCUCUCUUGUUUUGGCAAAUUCCUUCUUCAGAGACUCCGAUUUCGCUUCCUCUGGUUUCUGGGUUCCCCUCCCCCUUCCCCCCCUUUCUGCUUCUUGUUUGUAUGAGUCUCUGCAAGCUCUAAAAAUCCCACCAAGUUUCAGCAUCAGCUUCCCAGUUUCACGUUUCGGUCACUUUCUUCACUGUCCCUUUGGAAAUUCGCCUCGAACUUCAUGCAUCGCAUCCGCGGAGUUCACAUUCUUCACCAAAUUUAGCUUCCCACUCGUCAGAAGACAUGGGUUCUUCGCAGACGCGUCUUCUGAUUCCCCUCCUCUGCUUGCUUCUUCUCCACAUUGAUCCUCUCCGCUCGUACCCGACGCCCAUGAACUGUACGGACACAUCUCGCCUGUGCACAUCGUUUCUAGCCUUCAAGGCCGAGCAGAACGAGACCCUCGGCGUGAUCCAGUCCAUGUUCGACGUAUUGCAGUCGGACGUAACCGUGGAAAACUCCAAUCUUGACUACGUGUUCGUAAAAAAGAACUGUUCUUGCUUGUCCACGAUGAGGAAGUACGCCACCAACACCACCUACACCUUGAAAUCCGAUGAAGGGUAUGUUUACGACACCGUGAUCGAGGCCUACGACGGGCUUGCGUUCUUGCCGAAUUCGACGCGGAGGGCGGACGCCGGCGCGGUCGUGUCCCUGAGGUUGUUCUGUGGGUGUUCGAGCGGCUUGUGGAAUUACUUAAUGAGUUACGUGAUGAAGGAAGAGGAUAGUGUGGAGUCAUUGGCCAGUAGGUUUGGUGUGAGCAUGGCUAGCAUUGAGCAAGCGAAUGGGAUUAGUAACCCUGAUAAUGUCACCGCCGGUGAUCUCUACUAUAUACCCCUCAAUUCAGUUCCUGGUGAGCCUUAUCCAUUGGAGAAUGACGUUACUCCAGCCCCUGCUCCGGCACCAUCUGUGGAGAGCAUUUCAGAAAGUAAAGAGAACCACAAGGCUCAUGUACCAUACGGCUGGAUAAUAGGGAGUUUGGGGAUUGGUCUUGGUGUUAUUGUAGUAUGCGUCGUUGUUUUCAUUUCACUGAGGUCAUCAAGCUGCUUUACUGAAGCCCGAGGAAAUCGCGGAAAGGAUUGUGAUGAAAAAAGUCCACAUAAGUUUCAUAUCCUUCGGAACCCAAGUUUCCUUUGUGGUUCAGGAAGAUAUAUCUGCUGCAAACCAGGGGAUUGGAGGCAAACCAAUGGGGAACCCAGUAGUCACCAGAUAAAUAUUCCAAAAGUUCUAGGAGCUGAUGUAUUUGAUGUUGAGAAGCCUGUAGUUUUCAGUUAUGAAGAUGUCAAGUUGUCAGCUGAUGGAUUCUCUGACGCUAGCCUUCUUGGCCAUGGUACAUAUGGUUCUGUCUAUCACGGAGUGUUGCAUGAUCAGGAAGUUGCAAUCAAAAGAAUGACUGCGACAAAAACGAAAGAGUUUCUGGCAGAGAUGAAGGUUUUAUGCAAAGUCCAUCAUGCAAAUUUGGUGGAGUUGAGUGGUUAUGCAACCACCAAUGAUGAGUUAUUCCUUAUUUAUGAGUAUUCGCAGAAGGGUUCACUGAAGAAUCACUUACAUGACCCACAGAGCAAAGGUCAUACUUCGCUUGCAUGGGUUAUGAGGGUACAGAUUGCGCUUGAUGCUGCUAGAGGUCUAGAAUACAUUCACGAGCAUGCUAAGAAUCAUUAUGUUCAUCGAGAUAUCAAGACGAGCAACAUCUUACUUGAUGGUUCCUUUAGGGCAAAGAUUUCAGAUUUUGGAUUGGCAAAGCUUGUUGGAAAAACAGGCGAAGGAGAAGCCACAGUCACAAAAGUUGUCGGGACAUUUGGUUACUUGGCUCCGGAGUACUUGAGUAAUGGCCUUGCCACUACCAAGAGCGACGUUUACGCAUUUGGUGUUGUCCUUUUCGAGAUCAUAUCUGGAAAGGAGGCCACAAUACGCACUGAAGGCACAGGGAAGACAAAAAGCACAGAAAGACGUUCAUUGGCGUCCAUUAUGUUAGCAGCUCUUAGGAACUCACCAGACUCCACGAACAUGUCAAGUAUGAAAGACUGCAUCGAUCCCAAUCUGAUGGAUUUGUAUCCCCACGACUGUGUAUACAAGAUGGCCAUGUUGGCGAAGCAAUGCGUGGAAGACGAUCCCAUCCUAAGGCCGGACAUGAAGCAAGUCGUGAUUACCCUCUCUCAAAUUCUCUUGUCAUCGGUGGAGUGGGAAGCUACUCUUGCUGGUAACAGCCAAGUGUUCAGUGGCCUCGUGCAAGGAAGAUAGUGAGGGUUCAAAAAGUCUCUCAUGUCCAUGGCUUAAGGGCGCCUCUCGUGACUUCUUUGAGCCGUGCGUGUAUACGAAAGGCGGAUACGGACGGCUCUUUCUAUAUGUCCUAUUGUUCGUUCUUGCAAGUCUUAAUUUUUUCUCUAUCUAGGCAUAUUAUCAUUCGGAUGUAUUAAAUCUUUUUUGGCAGGAAAAUUAGUUCUAGUGUAAAUUGUAACUGUGAUGUGAGGACGAGUUGCCCUGCUUAUUUAUCAAGCGAGCUGUUUUGUAUUGUUGAUGUGAAUAUUCACCAUCAAGUGAGUUUAAAUAUCGUUCUUGACCCA